GACUGCCCAUCAUGGUCAAGGAUUGAUAGAUUUUUGCUAACAUCCGAUUGGGAGUCACACUUUCCGGAUGUGGCUCAAAGAAGAUUACCCCGUUUAUGUUCUGAUCACUUCCCUAUCAUUUUAGAUUGUGGAGGCAUCCAUGGGGGUAGAAGGUAUUUUAAAUUUGAACAUAUGUGGCUUAAAACUGACGGUUUUGUAGACAGGGUCAGGCAUUGGUUGACUUCGUAUAGUUUCCAGGGCUCUCCAAGUUUCAUUAUGGCUAAAAAGCUGAAAGCGCUGAAACAGGACCUGAAGCAGUGGAAUGAACAAGUUUUUGGCAAUGUGCUUUAGCAAAAGCGCUCUCUUUUAGAGGAAUUACAGGGUUUGGAAGGUGAGGAAGAGGCCAGAUCCCUUUCUGAUCCUGACAAAAUCCGUAAGGACCAGGUAGUUGCUGAUCUUGAAAGGGUUACUUUGAUGGAGGAGAUUUCAUGGAGACAGAAAUCAAGGGUACUCUGGCUUAAGGAGGGGGACAAAUGCACGAAAUUCUUCCACAGGAUGGCUAACUCUCACAGGAGGAAUAAUGCUAUUGAUACACUGAUGGUAGAUGGGGCAGCUUCUUCGGAUCAGACGGUUAUCAAAAACCACAUUCAACAAUACUAUCAACAAUUAUUAUCAGAAGAGCAUAAUUGGUGACCGAGAGUGGAUGGGUUGCCUUUUACCACUUUAGAUCAGCACAGUGCAGGGUGGUUAGAAAGGCCUUUUACAGAAGAGGAAGUGGGCAAUGUUAUCAGAAGUAUGGCAAGUGAUAAGGCUCCGGUCCGAAUGGGUUUACCCUGGGUUUCUUUCAAGCUUGUUGGGAGGUGGUCAAAGAAGAUAUUAUGCAAGUCUUUCUUGAAUUUCAUUCUAAUGCUAGAUUUGAAAAGAGCCUCAAUGCCACAUUUUUUGCCCUCAUUCCUAAAAAGGUGGGAUCUAGGGAUGUGAGGAACUAUCGCCCCAUUAGUCUCGUGAAUGGGAUGUACAAGAUUCUUUCCAAAGUGUUAGCAAAUAGACUAAGCUCGGUGGUGGAAAAACUAAUCUCGAAGCCGCAAAAUGCGUUUGUCAAAGGUAGACAAAUCCUUGACUCAGUUCUUAUUGCAAAUGAAGUAUUGGAUGGUCGGCUUAAGUCUAGAGAGCCUGGGCUACUUUGCAAGUUAGACAUGGAGAAAGCUUAUGAUCAUGUCAACUGGAAGUUCCUUCUUUAUUUACUUGAAAGAAGUGGUUUUGGGGGGAAAUGGCAGAAAUGGGUAGAAUUUUGUAUCACUUCAGCUCGUUUCUCCAUCUUGGUAAAUGGCUCUCCGGUGGGUUUCUUCAACUCCUCUCGUGGCCUGAGACAGGGAGAUCCGAUCUCCCCUCUACUUUUUUAUUUGUCAUGGAAGCUCUCAGCAAGAUGAUUGAGGGGAUGGUGGAUGGUGGGUUACUCCAUGGUUUUUCGGUAGGGAAUGGUGAUCUUAACAUUUCUCAUUUGUUAUUUGUUGAUGCCACACUUAUUUUUUGUGGUGCACACCUCGGUCAAGUCCAAGAUUUGAGGGCGUUACUCCUUUGCUUUGCAGUCGUGUCAAGAUUGAGCAUUAACCUCGCUAAGUCGAAAAUAGUGCCAGUGGGGGCCACCCCCGAUGUGGAGAUUUUUGCUUCUACCAUAGGUUGUAAGAUAUCUUCGCUUCUUAUGAAGUAUCUUGGUUUACCGUUGGGUGCCUCUUUUAAAUCUGAAAGGAUUUGGAAUGAUGUAGUCGAAAGGGUGGAGUGCAGAUUGGCUGCUUGGAAGAGGCUAUACUUGUCGAAAGGUGGUAGGUUGACUUUGAUUAAAAGCACUCUUUCUAACUUAACCACCUAUUUCUUGUCUUUGUUCCCACUUUCCACAAAGGUGGCUAAUAGAAUUGAGAAGUUACAAAGGGAUUUCUUAUGGAGUGAAUUGGGAGAAGAGUUCAAAUUCCACCAGGUCAAUUGGUCUACAGUUUGUACCCCAAUUUCUGGGGGAGGUUUGGGGAUUCGCCACUUGCUGAAAUUCAAUCAAGCUCUAUUGGAUAAGUGGUUGUGGAGGUACCAAAAUGAAAGGGAGGCUUUUUGGAGGGCGGUCAUAGAUUCUCAGUUUGGGGAAGCUUGGCGAGGAUGGUGUUCGAAUGAGGUACAAGGCACUUAUGGAGUGGGUUUAUGGAAAAACAUUAUGAGUCUUUGGGGGACAUUCUGAGAAUAUGAACAUUUUGUUGUAGGCGAUGGUUCACGUGUCCAUUUUUGGUUUGAUAUAUGGUGUGGUAACCAUUGUCUACGAGAUACUUUCCCUGUCAUCUUUGCACUUGCAAGAGUUAAGGAGGCAUCGAUUGUCUUUCUUCAUUCUUCAGCAAAUAGCACCCCUCAAUGGAAUAUUGACUUCAUUAGGGCAGCCCAUGACUGGGAAUUAGAGUCUUUUACAGAGUUCUUUGCGGCUUUAUAUUCCGCAAGUAUUCCAGGGGGCUCCGGUGAUAAGUUGCAUUGGAAUCAUUCUAAGAAAGGUAUCUUCUCGCAUCUUUGGACAAGAUUCUCACCAUAGAUAAUUUGAGGAAACGACGGGUCAUUAUCUUAGAUUGGUGUUGUAUGUGUAAGAAGCAGGGGGAGUCUGUUGAUCAUCUACUUUUACACUGUGAGGUGGCUA